CUCCUUCAUAAACAAACCCGAAAAGAUUCGCUCUCAUUCUUUUUCUUUCUUUUACACUGCCAACUUUGGGAGGAUAAGAUAAAGCUUUUUUUUAUGCUGUGGGUGAAACAGAUGUUGUAGCAGAAAUGGCUCAGGCAACUGAAAGGGGAGUGGAAAGCUCCACAUCGGCUUUCCCCGAAAUAAUCGAGCUGAAUGUCGGCGGACAGAUUUACGUUACGCGGCACUCAACUUUACUCUCCGUCCCGAACUCUUUAUUCUGGAGCAUGUUUAAGGAGCACAGCUCGUCCCAGCUGACCCGGGACAGCAAAGGGCGAUACUUUAUAGACCGGGACGGAUUUCUGUUCCGUUACAUCCUGGAUUACCUGCGCGACAAGAACCUGGCGCUGCCCGAAUACUUCAAAGAGCGAGCGAGUUUGCAGAAAGAGGCUGAGUUUUUCCAGCUGCCCGAUCUGGCACGUCGUCUCCGGCCUCCUCAGGUCAGUAAGGAGAACUCGAUCGGGGAUGAGGCGUUUCACAGUGACCCGGAGGAGGCAGCAGGGUCGUGCGCUCUCGCCAGUGGCGGCGGCGGCGGCAGCAGCAGCGGCGCGAUCGGGCCGCGCUCUCCGUCUCUGGAAGCGCGCAAAACUGGCUACAUCACCAUCGGCUACCGCGGCUCGUACACGAUCGGACGCGACAUCCAGAACGACGCCAAGUUCCGCCGAGUGGCUCGGAUUACCGUGUGCGGCAAAACCUCACUCGCCAAGGAGGUGUUCGGCGACACGCUGAACGAGAGCAGGGACCCCGACCGACCCCCGGAGAGGUACACGUCCCGCUAUUACCUCAAGUACAACUUUCUGGAGCAGGCGUUCGACCGGCUGGCCGAGGUGGGCUUCCACAUGGUGGCGUGCAACUCCACAGGGACGUGUGCGUACACCAGCAGCGACCCCAAUGAGGACAAAAUCUGGACCAGUUACACCGAGUAUGUGUUUUGCAGAGAGUGAGGCGAAGUGGACCUGCUUCUCUCUUCUUCUUUUUUUUUUUCCUUUUUUGUUGUUGGAAACCUCGCCUAUUUCCACCAGUUUAUAGCACAACUGUACGUGUAGGCUAUACUCUCAGAGCUGUACCAAACUCUACUUUUUCUUGUCACUGGAGUUGUGUGGUAACAUCAAGGGUACAUCUUGUACCUUUUAGUAUGGAUCUUUUACCUGGAAAAGUGCAUGUGGUGCAUUUUAAUCAGCUUCGAGAGUAAACAAUGAUCAGUUGUCCUCAAGGUCCAGUUAUGUUCCUUAACUGUGAAUAACGUACCCUUGAUUCUACCACACCGGUGACAAGCCUCAGUACAGUUUGGUACAAAGAAAAAAAAAAGAAAAUAAAAGGUACUAUCGCCUGUCAUUGUGGUUGUAUUAUCCACAAGAGUGUAUGACUUGUACUUGUAGCACGUAUCAUUCAUCUAAGGAAGUAGUAUGCACCUUUAAUUUCCCUGUACCUGAAAACUGGGGGUUUCAGCUCCACUUCUGAAGACUUUCUACCACCGACAGGAUAAUGGGUGAUGUGUUUAGUGUGUUAACCUGUCGGGGUGUGGUGCCAUAAAAAUCUGUCCCCAUGCCUUAAAGGUAAACCACAUCCACCUUAUAGAGAAAGGAUGCAUACUACAUAGUAUUUACGAUGUACUGAAGAGGAUAACGCACUAUUACAUUUUUUUGGCCUCAUCUGGUGCAGCUCAAAACCUGUUUUUUUCCCCCUAGAGUGGGCCUUUUAGAUGUGUGAUAAUAUCAGCCCUGACAGAUUAGCAUAAAUGAAUAGUGCGUUUGUGAAAAGUUUAAUGAUUAGCAAGUGCCAGCAGCCUCGCUAUUAAGGUUCAACAAUUCGUGCAAGGUAAAAAAAAAGAGAAAAAGAAAAAGAACGCAAGGUAAAAAUACACUCGUAACGCAUGCACACAGGCAUGUCCGGAAGUAGGAGGUUUGCUUUGUCCAGGCAUGUGCAGGGAGGGUAAUGUUACCUGUUUGAGAAGAAAUGUGACUGGAAUGUGGAGACCUGUUGCCUGACAUGGAGGAGGACAUGAAGGAGGACAUGGAGGAGGACAUGGAGGACGUUGCUCCUCUUUUAAACUCACUGCCAUUUCAUCUUAACAUCCCACUGACUGUUUUCCCGGUCGUUGUCCUUUUCUAAUCUCUCCCACCGGAUAGCUUUUUCCGAGUGGUGAUCGUCACUGUCUCAUGGUCUUGUUUUCAUUAGACAGAGCAUCAGUUUCCUGUGUUUGAUGUAAACGGGUUUUAGUUCACAUGAAAUCAAAUGUUAACAUAGAAAAAGGACCCAAAACAUAUGCCUGUUUCUGUAAAACACUGACUCUCACUAUUUGUUUUUUUUUUUAUUUUAUUAUUCUUUCCCCUAUGAACUAAAUCAUUCAUUCCAUUUGCACUUGUAGAUUUGAAAUUCCUCCUUGUUUUCUUGUAUGAUUAAAACAAUAAACUAGAUAUUGAAAGAC